AUGAGCUCUCCGAGAAAGAUUUAUGAUGUCAUUAUUAUCGGUGGCGGCCAUGCGGGCCUCUCCGCGGCAUUGACUUUAUACCGUGCAUUUCACACAUGUGUAGUCAUUGAUUCAGGCGCACCACGCGAUGCUCUCACGAAGCAAACUCGUCUAACUCUAGGGUGGGAGGGCAAAGACCCGGAAGAGAUGCGCGAGACCUCCCGCUCCGAGCUUAGAGCGUCAGGGUUAGUCCAUUUCAAUCCCAGAACCGCUUCGUCUGCCAGGAAGUUGUCUGUUGGCACGUUUGAGGUAGUUGACGAUGCUGGAGAGAGAUGGACCGGAAGGAAAGUGUUGUUAGCCACGGGCGUGCAGGAGAUAUACCCCGAAAUCGAGGGCUAUGCGGAAAGCUAUGGGACAUCAAUCUUUCAUUGCAUGUUCUGUUACGGACACGAGCAAAAGGAUUCUCCCAUGGCUGGUCUUCUAGCUGUAGGAACACUCACCAAUCCUAUACAUGCCAUGAUAAACGCACGCGAUGCAUUGAAGUAUGUCGAUAAAGUAACGAUAUAUACAAACGAGGACUCGGCCCUAGCCGACAUACUGUCAUGCGACGCAGCUGAAGGAAUACACAUUGACAACCGAAAGGUGGAGCGAUUAUACAAACCAGAGAGUGGUAGGGAAAUCGGAGUGGAGUUCGAGGGAGGUGAGAGGGAGAUAUUGGCAUUUCUUGUACACAAGCCCGAGUUGCAAGCAGGUAACCCAGUUCCUGAUCAGCUCGGCUGUGAGUACGUCCCAGGUCUUGGAAUCAAAGUCACGCCGCCGUUCAAUUCCACCAGCGUGGAAGGAGUGUACGCUGCAGGAGAUUGUUGUUCUCCGCUGCGAAACAUCCCGAAUGCCAUGAGCAUGGGUUCAUUUGCAGGAUGUGGGCUGGCGAGGGAACUACCUAAGAACCGUGAUAUAAAUGGCAUGAUAGAAGCUACAAGCGCACCAAAGUAG